AUGUCGUCUAAGGGUAUGUUCCACUCCUCUUCAGAUAUGGAUCCUUUGGAUGGUAUAACCUGCCAGUGUGGUCGAUUCGUCCCUUACAAGCUAUGUCAAAGUGAUGUGAAUGGUAAUAAAGGUCGUCCCAUUGCCAUAUGCCAAGGCCCCAAUUCCAAAGGCAAGAGGUGCAACACAUUUCGCUGGAAGAAGGGGUAUUCAAAAUCACCAUCAUCCUCACCCACCGUUACCACACCGCCUUUGUUUCCUGCACUGUCGCAGGCUUUCGGGUCCACUGGAUUCUUCCCUGCCACAUAUUCAAAAUCACUAUCGUCCCUGCCCCCCGCUACCGCACCAGCACUUUCGUUUCCUUUGCUGUGGCAAGCCUCCAGAUCUACUACAUCCUUCCCUGCCACAUCACAAGCCAUCAGUGGUAGUGUAUUUGUGACUACCGCCCCUCCAGGAAUCCCACAGUGCCCAACGCGGGGCUGCGGCCAGACACGCAUCGCGCCCGAUUGCCAGCAUCGCCUCUGCCGAAAGCACUGCAUCAGUAAUGGCGGCUGCACUUCCAAGACGCACACUGGUCCCCGCUCAGCCAAGACUUGCACCGGUUCCUACUCAGCAUCACCGCCUGCCACCACUGUUCAACCAGUUCAUGUUCGCAUGCCCACACUGCCUCUACCACCAAUGGCAGCUAGUAGCCACAAAGGGAAAAUACUGAUUGCCUCUCCCUCAGAUGCAAAUGCGCGGAUGUCUCCUGAUGUAGACAUCCUUGACGCCCUACCAAACCCUCGCUUCCGGUCCCACAUGCCUCCCAUCUUUACGAGUCAGUGGAAGAGGGAGCAGGAAUUGGCAGAGGAGCAGAGGAGGGUGGAAUCUGAGCAGAAGCCCUGUGCAGCACAGGUCAAGCAUACGGUCAUUGUAUAUGCGUGGGCGGAGGACUUGAAGCCUGCCACUGUGGAGGAAUUUCAAGAGGGACUGCUCACGUUUACCUGGCCCUACUUCCCUCUUUCUACCUCGGUAUUGAGCAUGCUAUCACUUAAUGAUCCUGCAACACAUGUUCAGCUCUACUGUCAGGCUCUCGGCACCUGGGUUAACAUUAAUGUUGGCCAUGUUAUCGAGCUGAAAGAAGGUGCACGGGUUUUUCUGAAACCCAGCCAUGUUGUCAAUUACCCAGACUUUGACAGGCUUCUAAAGCCAGAAUCGACACCCCAUCUCCAAUACAAGCUUACGGAGGAACAUCGUGAGCUUCAUGAUAGGUAUCGGAGCAAAGGGAAGGCCUUUGGAAAGGCAAAGGUUGUCGAUGUGUCCACAUCGUCUUCAGAGGAUGGUGGUAAUGACAACGGAAAACUGCCUCAUUCACAAUGCCAAUUCCACAAGCAAACCCUCCCGCCGUCCUUCUUCCAACUGUCACCCUCUCCUUUGGAUGCUACUGAGCCACCAAACAACAUAAUUGAGCUCUCCUCUAAUGAUUGCUCCUCUGGACACUCACAGGCUAUCCAGAAGAGGAGGGCCAAAGGCCAGCUGAAGAAGAACUUGGUGCUCCGUUUCCCCACUAAUCCCACUGAUCCCAUCGUCUGGGAUUCCGCGACACUCCAGCAAGCCAUUGACGAUGAGGAGUUUGAGCCGCCGAAAACAACUGAUCGCUAUGUGAAAGAAGCUCGGUGGUUGGAGAGGGAUGAGAAGGAGGCUGGGGCGUCCCAAAAGAAAGGAGGGAAAGGUGGAAAAUGGGGGCCGUUUUAUUGGGGCCGACAUGACCAACUCGAUUUCGACGGGCUGGUUUCGUUCGAGUACGCCUAUGACCCAGAGAGGAAUCCGAUCGAUGAGAAUGGCAUCAGGAGGUACCUCGUCGCGGAUGUGUUCGCCACGCCAUGCACCAAGUGCACUGCUAUGAAGAAGCCUUGCUUUUUUGCCAGUGGGGAGCUGACGCCUUUGGGAAGGAGCGCCAUUGAUGAACAAGAUCUGAACAAGGCCUGCGCUCCUUGCAAGGAGUCUCGGCAUAAAUGCCCGGGCCAUUCACGACUGAGGCAGUGGACCAUCAUCGACAAUCCAUUUUACAAGGAUGGUCUGCUCUACAAGGAGGCCAAAAAGUCUACACCCAAACCCGCCGUGCCCAAGGCCACGGCGCCCAAAAAAGCCACACCCAAACUUGUGGCGCCCAAAGCCGCGGCGCCUACACCAGCGCCCAAACAAGUGGCGCCCAAACGAGAAGCACCUGUGGUGGUCAAGGUUGCAGGGCCGUCAAAGCCCCAGGUAAAAGGUAUUGUGCCAAACUCCCCAUGCCCAAUGCUCUCUGAAAUGUCUUUGUUAGAUUCCACUCUGAACGCCAAGCCAAAGGCCCAGCCCUCGAUUGCAUUGCCCUCAGACUCUGCGCCCACUGAGAUUGGUAAAUCUCUUCAAAUGAAGUCCAACCAUCCAACUGACCAAUUCAAUUGCCCAGCUCGUACGGAGGACCACAUCAUCACACUUGAAAAACAGUGCAGGAGACUUGCAGCACAGGUGGAGGAGACAAGGGAGAAGCUUGACGGUGUCAUCAAAGAGUGGAAGGAAGACAUGGCUGAACUGCUCCUCAAGCUGAAGAAGAUGGAGCAAUUGGUUACCUCAACCAAGGAUUGGACGACACAAAAGGUGAUCUUCGCGAUGGAAAGCCUUUUCCUCCUUGGAAAUGGCAUCCAUGCGGCACUCCUAGAGUUGGUGACGAAAAUGACGGAUCUUCCAGAGGAGAUGGGCACACUGGUAUUGGUGGAAAGCGACGACUCAGUGACAAAGGUGAAGGAGUUGUUGGAGCGCGCCAAACCCAAGUGGGAGGAGAUGAUCCAAGUCCUCGAAGCUCGACUGCCCUGUGCCCAGGAUUUUCAAAGGGGUCAGUCGACGUCGCCCCCCACUGAUGCAGGUCCACGUUCGCCCGGCGCAGCAGAUGUAAUUCACACAGCGCCCACUGUCACUGAUGCAGCUCCACAUUCGCCUGGCACAGCAUAUGGGACUGACAUGGCACCCACCAUUGCUCCAUCAACUCCAGCGCCUGCUUCGAAUGCACCCUCGCGGCUACACUUGCCCAUCGCAGCGAAACAGCAAUCAGUGGUGGCCACUGCCACUGCUGGAGUUGCACCUGCUGCCCCUUCAAGUCCCACAGCGCCCAACACCGAAGGAGUAGAACUCACGCCGGUUGAGGUUGGCCCAGGUUCUCCACUUACUGCCAUUGGAUCUCGCCCCACUUCCCCGCUAAGUGGAGAUGAACGAAACAUGUCUACUGGGCGCAAAAGGAAGGCUGAUGAAGAGGUCGACGCGGACAUCACCAGGAAGAAACUGGCCAGCAAUCGGAAGAAGGGCCCACUGAGUGCACCUCAGCGCAGACAACCUACGCAUGGUAAGGCUCCCGAUAGCGUCAAUCCGGCGACAGCAGGCCAGUCGAGCAAACUGGACACCAUCAUUGAGGAGGACUUGUAA